UUUCUGAAAUGGAUUCUUUGGAAUCAUUUGAUAUAAUCUCCAAUGAGGAAGUGGAGGAAAUUAAGACAGCUUUGGAAGAAGGUGACCUAUGUAAAGCAACCGAAAAACUCAGCCAGUCUCUAAAAGAUAUUGAGAAUGCUCCAUUAAACAUUGCAGUAACGGGAGAGUCGGGAUCGGGAAAGUCAACUUUUGUCAAUGCCAUCCGCGGCCUGGAUGAUGACGAGGAAGAAGGUGCUGCUAAAACAGGAGUCACAGAGACCACUAUGGAACCGAAAGCCUAUCCACAUCCACAAUGCAAUAAUGUGACAUUGUGGGAUCUUCCUGGAAUUGGGUCCCCAACUUUUAAGCCAAACGACUACCUUGAAACUGUUGAGUUCGAUCGGUAUGACUUUUUUAUAAUCAUAUCAUCAGAUCGUUUCCGACACAAUGAUAUGGAGCUGGCUAAAGCGAUCCAGUCCAUGGGAAAGAAGUUUUACUUUGUACGAUCAAAAGUAGACUCAGACUUGACUGCUUCCCAAAAGCGUCGAAAAAUGUCCUAUAAUGAAGAGAACAUAUUGAAUGAGAUACGGAAUAACUGCAGUACAUGCCUUCAAGAGGGAGGAAUCCAAAAUCAGAAGGUGUUUCUUCUCUCCUGUCUGGAGCUAAACAAAUAUGACUUCAAUCAAAUGCAAGAGACUUUAGGACAGGAACUUCCAAGUCAUAAGCGACACGUCUUCAUGUUAUGUUUGCCCAAUAUUUCUCUCCCAGUUCUAGAAAAGAAAAGAGAGGCCCUAAAGAAGCAGAUCUGGAAGUGGGCAUCUCUCUCCUGUGCUGUGGCAACAGUCCCCCUUCCAGGUCUGUCUGUGGCUUGCGAUGUUGGCAUCCUGGUGAGAGAAAUGAGAAAAUAUCGGGAUGCAUUUGGCCUGGAUCAAAAGUCCCUUGAAAAGUUGGCCAACAGAGUUGAUAAAGAUGUUGCUGAGUUGAAGUCUGUUAUCAAGUCACCCAUAGUGGUAAAAGAGAUAAACAAAGAGCUUGUCACCACAUUAUUAACCAGAGGAGCAGCUGGGUCACUCAUGUUCAUUGAAUAUUUAGCUAGUAAUAUACCUGUGGUUGGCACAAUGGCAGCAGGUGGCAUCUCGUUUGCUACAACAUAUUUAAUGCUCUAUUGGUUCCUGAAAGAUAUUGCGGAGGAUGCAGUAAGAGUUCUUGAAAAAUCUUUAGAUUCUCCUGUUUAA